AUGUAUCAUUAUAAGCUUAAAGAAAAUGCGUCAUAUACCUCCAAAGCAACAAAAUGGCUGAUUGCGAAUUCUGCUAAUGGAAUUGCAGUCUUGUCAACUACCAGAGAUAAUUCACCGCAAAAUUUAAAAGAACCAUUUGAUUUAAAUAACCCACCGGUAAAACGAAUAUCUUUAAGAAGACAAAGUCUAUCACAUGAACCAUUCGCAUUAGACACUACUUUACCAUCAUCAUCUAGUGAAAUUCAACCAUCUGAAAGUACUGGUCUUGUAAGAAGUAGAACUUUACCAAGUAAAAGACCUAAAUACUCAGAAAAUCGCAAUAGUAAUAGUGAUUGGUUAUAA